UAUGCAGCUCGGCGCAUGCGCAUUAUAAAAUGUGGCGCACGCGCAGAGAUUUCUGCAGUGCGGCAGUGCCGCAGUGAGCUGAGCGCAGUCGGCUACGGGCGAUGCCUGGCAGUGAGCAGUGAGAAGCGGGGCAGCGGCGCGAUGGAGCGAGCCAGGGAUCGCUUACACCUGAGAAGAACUACAGAGCAGCACGUGCCAGAGGUGGAAGUCCAAGUGAAACGUAGAAGGACGGCCUCCUUGAGCAACCAAGAGUGUCAGUACGCAAGGCGUUCUCAGCAACAGCAAGCUCCUGUGGUGGAUUUCCAAGCAGAACUGAGACAGGCGUUCUUAGCUGAGACCCCAAGAGGAGGUUAAAGAGUAUUGGAACAUUAAGGCCACGCCUACAGUGACCCACCUCUUCCUACCAGACUUCAUCUUCCAGCAUCACAUCCAGCUAUAAAACCAUCACUGGACUAAUACAGUGUCACACAUCCAUGAUCCAGUCAUCUCCUGAAACCCUCCAGAAGUCAUCUCCUGAAACCCUGCAGCAAUGAGCAUGAGGUUUUGGGGGGACAUCUGAUAUAA